AUGGAUGAGAACAAGAAUGAAAUAGAAUUGCUUCGUAUUGAAAACAAAGAUUUAACAACAAAGCUAGAAACAUUAAAGCAGAAACGGAAGGAUGAUUAUCCGAAACUUACGGAAUAUGAGAGAAAUGUGGCCGAACUGGAAGCAUUACGUGAAUUUAAAGUUAAAUUAGUUGAAGCCAAUUCAAAAUUACAGCGACAAUUGCAAGAAAAGGAGAAAGAAUUGCUUGAACUAUCAAGAAUAGAUCAAGAAAAGCUUGAACGAUUAUCAGAACUUGAAGAACAACUCGAAAUGGCAACAAUAGAGAGGGAAAUGGCUGAAGAGAAAGCAGAUCUUCUGCAGGCUGACAUUGAGAAUGAGAAGCAGCGUAUACAAGAAUUGGAAAUAGAAUUGGAUUUGUUUCGAGGUGAAAUUAAACCAAGUGCAGAUGAUAUGCCAAAGGAUGAUGGAAUAGAGCUCAAAAUGUUGAGAUGUCAGAAUAUGAAAUUGCGCGAAGCUAUAGUAAGAAUGCGCGAUGUAAUCGGUCAGUUGGCGGAAGAUAAACGAGAAUUGACACAAGAGAAUGAGACGCUAAAGAAUGAGUCUGCUACGUUAGUCAAAAUUUGUGAAAAUUUAAGAAACGAACUUCAGAAAGCCGAGCGGACAAUAUUUAUACUAAAAGAACACUUGACUGAUAUAACCGAAAGGAUUGAUGCAGCAGCGGAAAGUGAGAAAGUGAUCGAGAUUUUGACAGAUAAAAAUAUGGAUUUGGAAAAAAAGCUAAAUACCUUAGAAGAAACCGUUGAAGAUUAUGAGGCAAUCAGAUCAAUGGAUGAAGAAAUUCUUGAAACACAAAGAGAAGCUGAAAAAGAACUUCGAGAGGAAUUGGAUUUGACAAAUAGUCGAAUGAAUAAUCUUCUUAUACAAAUCAAAGUAUACGGUGAGCAAGUAGAUGAAUACGAGAAAAUGAUCAUGAAAUUUCGACGGAAAAUUAGUGAACUGAACGAAGAAAUUCAGGAAAGGCAAGAUGAAAUCAUUAGCCUAAACGAACAACUGAAAGGAGAAGAAGAUAACAAUGUAAUGUCGGUGCAAAGUAUACAACUUACUACAGCUACUCGAACAUUUGCUGAAAUUGUAGAUAAGGAAGUGUGUGCUCUAGAAUUAAAAUAUGAAAUUGAAUUGUCGAAUUAUUUGAGAGCAUUUUUGCCUGAUAAUUUCACAAAACCUGGAGGCGACAAUGAUGCAAUUUUGCUAACUGUUUGCUGCUCUCGUCUUUCGGCUAAAACAACUCUGCUGGCAAAAUUAAUUAAUCUUAAGUACCCACCUGCAUCUGGCGGAAUACGUCGUGAACACGUAACGAAAAGCCACAAAGCGGAACAGUGGGCAUACUGUGCAAAAUUUUCAUUCUUGUUAAGCAAUUUUGGCUGUGCUGUUCGGCAAUGUGAAAGUGUAGUUUGUCGAUGUACGGUAGAGCGAUUGUCACGUUUGGCACCGUUGCAAAGUGAUAUUGCAAAGGAGGAACGAAUGAUUGAUUAUUACAUUGAUUUACUUAAAAGUGAUAAAUUCGAUGAAAACACUGCGACCGACGCUAUUAAUAAGGCAAUCAAUCAUUUGGAGAAUAUAUUGUCUAUUUACUUUUCACGAGAAUGGUAUGAUGUGAAGCAAUUAUUUUUGGAUAUUUGUUUACAAUAUCUUCAAGGAUUAUUUUGGGUAAAAAUUAAUGUGCAACGUGUUAUUUUUACGCUUUCAUCACAUGCUACUAAGAGUAAUACUAAUGAAUAUAUGGAAUCAGUGUUAAUAUGGGUACAAAAAUGUGAGCAGCUUUGCAUGCGUUUAAAAAAUCAUAUCUCAAUUGACGAAAAUCUAAUAUUCACUCAAGAUCUGGAAAUUCAGUUAGCAAAUUGGAAAACACCAUUCAAAAAUUUAACUUUAAUAUUUGACAAUGUGUGCAGUAUUACAACUAUUCAAUUGAGCACCAUAACAGAAGUCGAGAGUUUGGAAGAAAAUUGCAUUCAAGAAGCUCUUUUGCAUUCUGUAGAAAAAGUGCAUGGCGCUUUAAAUGGAGCUGAAGCUACGAAGAUUAUAAAUGAAUAUAUGAGAGCUGUGCAAAAUGUUAUCAGUGAUUUAAUUGACAAAUUUGAUAAUGAAGAGCUAUUGAACAGUCCGAUGGAUAAGUCUCUUUUAUCACCAUUGUUGAAACGAGCAAAUGCUCGAAGACAAGAUGCAUUGGAAGCUGAGAAGCUUCGUUGGAAUUUGGAAAAAAAAGAAAAUGAAAUAACGGAACUAAAACUGAAUCUUCGAACUAAGCUUGAUGAUAUUAGCAACUACAAAGUACGUUUGGAAUUAGCUGAAAAUAAGAUAGAAUCGAUGGAAAAAAUUGAAGUGCAAAAAUUGCAUUCUCAAAAUGCAGACUUACGUGAUCAGUUACGGAAAGCAAAAAUAGAAUACGAAGAUACGUUGGAAGCUUUGCAGCAUGAAAUUGAUAUGUGUGAAAAAGAAAAUUUUGAAUUGCGAAAUCGUGCCAGAACGAUCAGUAAAAAAGUGUUGUUAGGUCAAUUGCAAACAAUGAAUUUGGCUACAAAUCAUCCUAAAAUGCAAGAAGCAUCAAUUACACCAAUCGAUUUCAACUUACAAAUUUCUGAACAAUUUAAUGAAAUGGCUUAUCUGGAGAAUGAAUUGAAAGAGACAAAAUUAGCAUUAGCAUGGGCUUAUCAACAUAUUCGACAGUUAAAGGCAAAUGAAAGGAUGCAAAUGUUGAAUGCAAUGGAUGAAGUAAUGAUCCCAUCAGAUAUAAAUGGUCCAUUAACAUUAUUGUCAAUGCAUGUCUCAAAGAAAGAUGAGUUGGAUGAAUUGUAUAGAAGAGCGGAAAGUAUUUUAGCGGAUUCACGUUUUUAUCAAAUUCCAUAUAUUGUUGAUAUGUCACAGCCAAAAGUAAAGCAACAGUUGGAAAAACGGAAGUAUCUUGAACAUAUUUCACACAUAAAUCAACGAAUUGCUGGUCUAAAAAUUGACAUAUAUCGAUUCUGUAACAAAUACCAUCAGAGCAGACAGUGCCAUUCAAUUUUUGAAAACAUUAAAAGUGUUAUGACAAAUAAUGAAAAGAAUGAAGAAAGAAUUGUUGAAAUUCAUCAGCUUAAAGGUGUACAUUCUAUAGCUUACAAAAAUGCAUUCCAAUCACUUUUCGGUAAUUUAAUUGCGCAACAAGAGAGAACUGAAUCAAUGGAAAUUGCUGUUGCUGUUUAA